CCCUCACCGACAUUACCGUCCUCUUUUGCGAUUUCGCUUGAUUCUGUGUAGUUUAUGCUGAAAGUUCUCUCGUUUUUUUAAACUUAAACUGUUCUAACAUGGCCAGAGGAUUAACUAAAGGACAGAGGCAGAUACGUCGUAAUAUAUUGACUACUGGAAACUCAUCAACACCGCCAAACUCAUCCGAUACGACCCGGACCAUUCCUACUGCUGACUUGACGAUUCCAUCGCCAUUGCUUUCUUCAACACCUUCAACUAGUGCAUCGGAAACUUCUACUUCAAGCGCUCUCGCUCCUGUUACUCCUUUGCCAACUAUGCCUGCAACAACACCAAUGGAAUCCCCGACCGAUCAAUUAUCAAGUGGCUCGGAAAAUACUGAUAUUCAAGCUUUUAUUGACGAGCAACGCUCUUUUAAUGAAAGAGUGCUACAGUUGCUGGAAAAUGAUCGUGGAUCAUCACAAGACAGUCAAAGAAAGGCUCCCCUCCCAUUGAAAUUAACGGAGGCAGUAAGAGGAGCCUACAAAUCUUUUGAAGAUGCCGCUAAUGCAGAAGAAGAUGUAAAUCUCUGGGAUUUCAGUAAGAGCUUUUCAUCAGACCAAAACAGAGUUGUCAACAAUGACAUCCUAAAAAAUGUGCAAAGUACUGAGAAAAAGUACUCUACUGCAUUAAUCACAGCUGCCACAAGAACAUAUUUCAAAACAAGAAAGAGAAAAAAUGCUUUAGAAAGAACCAACAAAGCCACUGCAUAUAAAAAGUCUAAGCGGUUGCAGAGACAAAAGGCACUUAAAAACUCAACCUCAUAUUCUGAGGAAGAAAAGAAAAAAAUACUACCAGUGUUAUCAAAAGGAUUCAUCUCUUCAGAUGAGUCUAUGUCAGAUGAUGACCAUGAUCAUGAUGAGAAUGAUGAUCUCUCAGGUUCAGACUCUGAGGUCAAACACAAG